UUCUUUUGCUGCUGGUUCAGUCAAUAUUGUUUGGAUGAAUGGUGCCAUCACUAAGGGUUAUGAGGAAGAUGUAGGAAACAAAACAUCGGUUUAUGUUCACACAGCCCAGUCCAUCACGACAUCACUUUACUUGCUCAAGAAGUACGGGUACAAAUCUGCCCCUCAUGACGAGGGUAUAAAAUAUGUGUUGAUUCCAGAGGGGAUGAGGGAUUUCCAGUGGCUAAAGGCUCUUCUGAGAGGAGAAAAGGUCUCUGCUGGCCCAUACCGCAAUAAACUACCAAGGACCUACUAUUCAGGGCAAUACAAUGAAAGUCGUUUCUACGUUCUGCACCAGGACUUCCUCCGAUAUGUGCGGAACAGGUUCUUACCGUCAUCUCGUCUGAAUAAAACAUCCUGGGCUGCAGUCAGACCAACCAACGGGGCAUUCACUGUCUUCUUGGCUCUGCACACCUGUGACAUAGUGGAUGCAUAUGGAUUUAUGACUGACGACUAUGUCAAAUAUCCUAACUACUAUGUUGAGAAAAAGAUGAGCAAAGUCAUUUUCUACAUCAACCAUGACUACAAUUUGGAGAAGAAUACAUGGAAAGACCUGCAUAACAGGAAAAUAAUCAGGCUGUAUCAAAGAACUGAGUCAAAAGCAAAGAACUAAAAGCAACACUGACAUGAUCAAGAUUUCUUUUUUGUUGGAUUUUAGUGGUUGACUUUGCUUUUAUAGUAAAUUUACAUUUCUAGAGGUUUAAUGGGGAAAGAAGUUCUGAUUUUAUUGUGGCUGUUUGUUUUGAUGUUACAGUUUUUCUCUGUUAUUUUAUUUUCUUAAUUAGUUCAAAAGUUGUAUCUUCCAGAAAAAAUAUUUUUUGUGAAACACAAAAUGUUCAAUGAAAUACAACAAGUUUUGUAUAGAGUUGUUUGAUGCAUCAAUGACAUCACAAUGACAGCUCAAAUGAUCUGUAACAUCUGUGUACAUUGUGCAUGUAAUUUUAUGUAGGAAAUAAAGCUGACU